AUGGCUGAAGGAAACGAUAAGUUUAGCGUUGUCGACUAUGUUGUUUUCUCUAUCAUGUUGCUUAUCUCGGCGCUGAUCGGGAUUUGGUAUGGCUGCGGACCGGGCGGAAGGCAAAAAACAACAGCUGAAUAUCUUCUAGCGAACCGUAAAAUGGGUGCUUUACCUGUGGCAAUUUCUCUUCUAGUUUCCUACCUCUCAGCUAUCACUUUGCUUGGAGUUCCAUCGGAGAUUUACACCUACGGAGCUCAGUAUUAUGUGCUGAUUCUAUCCUACCCCAUCAUCUGUGCUACCAUGGCCAUCAUAUUUGUACCCAUGUUCAGACGUGUGAAGAUAACAUGCGCUAAUGAGGUAGGAUUUCGCUUUCCACCGAUUCAGUUGCAUAACCCAAAUAUUAUUUUCAUUCCAUAAUCCAGAGAAGCCUUUGGUCCAAAAUUUGCGCCCAUUAUUCGCCUUUGUGUAUUUAUUAACGACCUCUUUUGCUUACAAUUGAGCUUAAAACUUGCGAUGUUCUUUUGUUUAUCCUCGAGGGCGGCCGGCUAAGCCGGGGGGAGCCCGAAACCAGGAUGUCCACGACAACGGGAGGCAGAUCGAAUGUGCCGAUACACGACCUAACUGUACUUACUUCAGAUAAAUUGUCUUAUCUCUCUCCGCCAUUACUAAAUUUAAGUACAAAUCUCGUGGAAAAUCCAUCCAAUUACAUCUUGGAACGGGUUACAAUUGUAGUUUUUCCGUUCAAUCAAUAAAUUAGAAUCGGCCACAGGUGGCAGAACCCGAUAACUCUUGUUGAGCUCGUCACGCGAAAACUUUGUUUCUUUGUUUUCCCGCCUUCGAUUUGGAAAGCACCAGGGAGAGGGCAAAUGUCAGUAAUUACAUAUACAAUAAUUAAUGGAGGUUACUUUUAGGACCAAAGAUUGCACAACUUCCCUAAAUACGAAAAACCUCAAAGGCAUUUGUUAUUCGAUGAGUUGAAGGCAUAUAACAAGAAAUUAUUCAGGUUUAAAAAAUACAAAUAAACAAAACAACAAAACUUAAUCAAAAUGCAAUGAUGUACCAAGAAAAAUCAAAGCUGUUCAGGGAUGUUGAAAUACAAGCAAAUCACGAAGAAGGACAAGUGUUCAGUCGAGCGUGACUCUGCAGGACUUGAAGCGGUAAAUUUAGACCUAGCACACUCAGCUUCAAACCCCCCCCCCCUCUCCAGCCAUCCGUCUGGAACUUCACUUUCGAAAACCGGGUCUGUGUGUUUGUGAUUUCUGGGCGCAUAUUGUCACGUGUUUAUCUCGUUCCCUUUUUUUUCUCAUCCACCGAGCUUAAAGGAGGGCGAAAGAGGCGUUCAAGCGAAAACAAACGUAAUGUUUUCUGUUGUCUGCUUCAGCUUUGGUGACUAAAAGGCCUUCUUUCGGUCUGUUCUAACAAGUACCUUUUUCUUUUAGUAUUUGGAACGGCGCUUCUCUGUAGGAGUUCGAAUGGUUGGUUGCUUGUUUUUCAUUCUGGAAUACGUAAGUGACAAUAUAUCACUUCCUCAUAAAUAACUUUGAUAUAGAUAACGAGAAAAAUAUUGUAUGUUUUUGUAGGCCAAAAGUAAACAAUUUGGAUUAAAAUCUUAUCAUUCGAAUUUUACAGAGGAUAUUAUUUCCUGUACAUGAAAACAAAACUACUGCAUACGAAUAAAAAUUUAAUAACGACUGCUUCCUCUUAGUUUUAGCAAAAAAAUGACGAUUUCUAUGGAAUAAUUUCUCUGAGAAACAAUAUUGGACGCUAUGAUUGGAAAAUAUAGAAAUAUAUUUAUAUCUUACAAGACAUAAAAAUUAAAUUUAAAAAAAACUUUUAUCUCCAGGUCAUUUUGUUAUUCGAAAGUUGCUUAAACAAAUACAUCUGAAGGUUGACAGCAUGAUGUAAUACUUAAUUAUUUCGUUUUUACUGAUAGAUCCUGAAAUGAACUGUAUCAUUGGGGCAGGGGGAGGGGCUUAUUCCGUUUCAUGCAUGAAUCUUAGAAAAAUAAACGUGUUCUUUAAACAGUAUUUCACGAACCACGAAUUCAAAAGGGAAAACUUCAAAUCUCAACUUAACUUGCGUUUUUGUGAAAUUCACGCAUCACGUAUGAAUUUUAGGCUCAAUCAUCUGUGACACCCCCAUAGUUUAUAAUAAAGAAUGUGAACUUGGAAAAUAUAUUUAUCAAAAAGCAAGCAUAAGGUUAUCCUAUCACACAAUUCUUCAUACAAUGUGCCAACUGUUUUAUUUUGCAGACCCUAUAUUUGUUUGUUGUUCUGUAUGCACCUUCCCUUGCAUUGGAGGCUGGUAAGAUAUAAGACAACUGUAAACUCUCAGAGCUGAAUAACAUGUAACAUAUCAUAUUAAUAUUAUUGUAAUAUCCAGCAAAACAGGUGAUGAGAAUUCAUACACGCAUCAGCCACUGGGUGUGACCUGGAUAUCACACCGAAAUCUAAUAACUAUGUAUUCAUCUCACUUACUUUCAUUGGAGAAUCACCUAUCGGAUCUUGGAAUGUGCUGAAGGCUCAAACUGAAUCAUUUGUUUUAGGGACCACAAUUGAACAGAACCUUUCACCACGAAAGCCACCAUUCUAUUUUUUUUUUUUUAUCACUAAUGACUUAAGAAAUUUAAAUUUGAUUUUUUAUUCUCAGUUGCUGGAAUUCCACUCUCUGCAUCCAUUCUCACGACUGGAAUUGUGUGCACAUUCUAUACCAGCCUGGUAAGUAACCCAAAUCACGUGAAGAUGAUUUAUAUAAGGUUAUCAAAACCAAAAACUGUACUUUUCAACUCUUUACAGCUUACCAUCAGUAUGCAUAUUCUCCAUACUGUUCUCUAUACAUUUCCUAAGGAGAAUUUGUUUAAGAAUCUAGAGCUUUUAGGUUGAUGAUCAUUUCCUUUAUUCUUAUGACCUUAAUGUGUAAUUCAGGGAAACAUUGUAAAGAGAAAUUAGAUGCUGGUUACUCUUACGGGUCCAAGAGUACACUCCCCUCACCAAUACAAACACAUGACAACAGCUGUUGAUAGCUAGUUAAUUUGUGUGAUCAAAUUCAGUUGCAUGAGAGUGCUUCACAAUUCUUUUGCGCAUCCUGAUGUGCAUCAAUUGAAGCAUAGCAGACAGAAUUUCUAUUAAUAAAUCAAUUAAAUUGCUGUAUUAAAAAUGUCUUCCAACAGUUCAUGAUUCAUGCAGCAGCUUUGUGCUCAUUAAAACAUGAAAUACUUUGGAAUUUUCAAACGCAUUCAAGAAGCCUGAAUUGCUCCCUCUUAACUUUAACUUUUCUUUAUAUCUCCAUAAACACACCUUGACACAUACCUGAACCAACUAUUCACCAUUGUUGAGUUCUUAAAUAUUCUGGUUUCAGGGAGGCCUCAAGGCUGUGAUUUGGACUGAUGUCUUUCAGUCCAUGAUUAUGGUUGGAGGUCUUAUCACUGUGGUGAUAGUGGGAAGCAAUGAGGUUGGAGGUUUUAAUCAAGUAUGGAAAAUCAACAAAGAUUUUGACCGUCUUAACUUCUUUGAGUAAGUAAGACAAUCAUAUCUAUUAUAUCGCUAACAGGGCCUUUGGGCCAGAUGAAGCUCAUCCUGUGUUCUAUGCCUUCUGAAAAAACUCCACUUUAACCCCACUGAGGGAACUAUUGCGUGGAGCAGGCUUACAAAGAUUGUAACUUUUGGCAAUGUCGUCACAAAAGACAGCAGACGUGCACCUUCACAGUUGACAAUAUUUCCCAGUGCUUAAAAUUAAACAUAUCAUUCUUGAUUCGUGUCAAAGCAAAAUCUUAAAGCUAUAUAACAAAUCCUCAACUAACUAAUCUUUUUCAGUCAGAAUGGCUAGAUAUUUGCCUUUUUUUUUUAAGUUGUAAUAGUGGUCAAUGUGUAUCAUAGUAACAUUAACAACAAUCUAUUCUUGACUGUGGACAUAUGCCAGGAUAUCAUAUAUCUCCCUGUCAACAUUAUUUUUAUCCACCAGUACCCAUUAACAAUACUUGACCAUCAUUAUAUAGCAAAUUGUAAACAAUAUCUCUGGUCCUCUAAAAUUUGGAAACUUACAUCAUGUUGUAUUGAGAGGAGGGCUAUACCAACAUGAAAAAUUUUACUUCAAGUUGAUAAAUAAGAAUUGUACCUGAUGUUCAUAUGAUGUGUGGUUCUAUCCAUCAGCUUCAACCCAGAUCCCAAGGUUCGCAACACUUUUUGGACACUGACAAUUGGUGGGGCAUUUACCGCCAUGCCAGUUUGGACAGUCAGUCAGACAGCGGUACAGCGCUUUCUGGCCAUCAAGUCAUUCAAGCUUGCUAAAAGGUACAAAAACAUGUGCGAUUCAAUUUCCAUACAAAGCUUUGGAACACUUGUUGAUAGACUGUCAAAAAAAACAAAACCUACAUAUAAAGAAGCAAUUAUCCAGCAACAGAAUGAAUUCAAAAUAAAAAUCAUCAAACUGCCUAAAAAAUACAGGAAAUAGGAGUCACAAGUCUUAACCCUUUCAUUCCCAGAUCAUAUUAGUAAUUCUCCUUACUGUCUGCCAUACAAUUCUUAUAAUGCUAGUUCAGAGAACUUGGUAUUGGAUCAACUUAUUUUCCCCAAAUUGAUAUUUUUCAUUAUUCUUAUCACUUGUCUUGUUGAUACUGUACUGAUAUUGUAAGGAGAAAUUCUGUCUUGGUCACUCAUGGGAUGAAAGGGUUAAAUGGUUCCAACUAGUUUUGUAUCUGAUUGGUUAAGAUGUGGCACAAGUCUUCAUAACCUACAGUAAACAGAGUGUGGCAGAAAAAAAAACAACAAUAAUUGACUGUAAACUUUCAUUAACUUUUCCUUGAAAACUACUCAAAUAACAUUUGAAUGAUGACCAGAAUAACUCAAACAAAACUUCCCAGCAGUCUACUGCAUCAAAUUUAAACCUGUUCUUGUGUUUCUCAAAGUGGCCCAAGCAAACGUCCACUUGUGGGAAUUAAAAAGGAGGUACCUUCCAGGCAUUAAAUAUAGUUUGUGGAUGACAAUCAACUUUCAAAGCAACUAGAUCUAGAUCUGAAAUACAAGUAGUUCAUACUGUUUUCGACAGCACUAUUACAUACAAAUAUUGAGUUCCAUAUUAUUUUGGUGAGGAAAACGACUUUAUUCGGUUGCCGAUGGCACUGAACCGCGAAAAAAUUGUAGAAAAUAACGAGAAAAACUCCAAACAGUACGCAUCUUCACAUGCAGGUCUCCGUUGAUUAUCAUUGGGAAAGUCUGGCCACGCCUGGCUAUAAAAAGUUUGUACCUGGAAUCCAAAGAAUAUAAACUAUACUCUCUCUGCAGCCUACCUUUCGCUAUCAAGCUUAACUUUUUAGAAGAAGUCCCCACCUCGCUCUGUUAGGUUCUUCGUAUAGACUCACACGCUCAAUUAACCUCUAAGUUCUUCCAUUUUGCAUUUCGACGAAAGACACGUGACAGCUGACACGCGACUGUCACGUACUUGUCAUUUGACAUGAGGGAGAUCAAUUCUUAUUUUUCUGGAAAACAAAUGAAAUUGAAGAAUUAAAAAUGAGGAAAAACGCUUGCUAAUUCGCAAGAGAUUACAAUAUAAUUUUCUUGUCAUCAUUCUUUGGUGUUAAUUGAUUAACAAGUUCAUCAACAGGCUUAAAUGAAAUGCAGCUCCUCUUCGAAAGGUAUAACAAAAAUAAGGAUUAAAAAUUGUUUGUUUAGAGCAAUUUGUUAUUGAGAGACGAAAGUAAUCCAAGAUUGUAUUCGUUUGCUUCACUUUGCUUUGUGAUUGGUCUAGAAAAAAAAAGCGCCACUCUCUCAACCAAUCAGAUGCAAAACUAACAUCAUCCAAGACUUGGUCGCCUACGUUUUCCCGCGCUUCAGGCGGCUUGCCUGUUCUUUCUUUGAGUUCUCAUUGGCUCCUCAGGGUAUUUCCUUUCUUUUGAUUGGCCGUUGGGUUUGGGUUUUCACAACGCUCAAUCGAAAAGCGUUCUAAUUCGUUUCAUCUAUCCUUUCAGCUUAUCAGUCAUCUAUUUAUCUAACGACAUAUUUAUUCAAUCGUUUAUCUAUUUAUGAAAAUUUCUGUUUCUCUCUCUUUAGAGCGGUGUGGCUGAAUGUCCCUGGACUGAUCUUGAUUGUGACUCUAUGUUUUUUUGACGGACUGGUUAUUUUUGCCAACUAUGCUUUCUGCGAUUUACGAGUAGAAAAGAAAAUCACAAGCAAUGACCAGGUAAAUUUCUCGUGUAAAAACCUUUAAUAUCGCUGCUUACGAAUGGACAUCCUCGAGUCUUUUGGUGAAUAAUUCCUUGAUUUAUUACUCGAUUGAUCAAAACAAGUAAAGAAAUUAUCCUCGCAAGUGAGCUGCUUCCAUUUAAGAAAUCUCAGAGAAGAACCCUGCAAAAAAGAGAAAAAAUCAGAGAUUCGAACCUGUGCCUCCCAAAAAUAAGUUGGAAUAACUUCUUUACUUGUGCCGCAUCUGCAGGUCAAGAAAUUAUUUAUUGCAUUGCAUUUAUUGCAAUCAUUUAUUGCACUGCGAUUAAUUAACCUAUAAUUUCUCUUUAGACUCUCCCGUAUUUUGUGAUAAACAAGCUUGGACACUUGAAAGGGCUGCCGGGAAUGUUUACAGCUGUCCUUUACGCAGGAGCUCUCAGGUAUUGUUUAGAUGAAAUGUGAAUGCAUACAUGAUUGAGUGCGAAGCGCAUUUUUUGUUGUAAGCGCAAGGCAGUAUUCAAACUUCCCGGCUUUGUCUUGAGUUGUUCUCAUCCCGCGGGUCACACAACCACAGCUCACGCUUCGCAGACUGUUUUUUCUCUGAUUUCGUUUGAAGUGUGCAAAGUGAUCAGUUAAGGAGAUGCGGCUCUUGAAGUUUAGCGCACCAGUGGUUGUUUUAAUUUAUCUCGAGUGUUAUACCUUUGAUCGUCAGCACUGCUUCCUCUGCUCUAAACGCCAUGGCCCUGGUCAGCUUGGAGGAUGUUGUCAAAAAGAAAGUCCCGGAUAUUACUGACUCUGAUGCUGCCAAGCUGUGCAAGAUAAUUGGUCAGUUAUUUACGGCGUUGUUCUCUUCAUCGUUAUGAGAUAUGUGUAAUCUACGUUUAUAUGCUAAGCUGAAUUAUAUACAUGCGUUAUGGUUGGUUCUAUCUAAUGAUCUGUUGGAGGACAGACACAAAAAUUAUGUCACCAUGAACAACAAUUUGCCUUCUUAUCAUGUAUAACAAAUGGAUUCCAUGUUGCUGCGCGUCUCCACAGAAAUAUAUCACAGAUGACGUCAAAAUGGGGUAUGAACAUCAGUGACACACUCGUCUGCGCCUCGUGAGCUUCUUUUGUAUUCACAUUUGACGUCAUCUGUGAUCAAUUACUGAACAUGGAAUCUGUUUCAGCUAAUUGGAAGAGCGAUUUCAGUGUUACGCAGAAGUUAGACUCAAACCUUCCUUUUUUUGCAGCUCUGACAUUUGGUGUGAUCGUCAUUGGAGGCGCUUUCGUCGUGAAGUAUGUUGGAACUAUGGUUUUGCAGGUAUGUUUUUGUAUUACGGUGUCUUCAAUUGCCGACUUCUUUUUAAUAGCCGGUACCAUGCAAGGCUCUCUCUUUGACAACUGCGACCACUGUUUGUUACUCGCCGAUUCUCUAAUCUUUCGGUCAGUGGCAGAAGUCUCGGACCUGGCCAUCUGUUCACUGACUCAACAUAGAUCGAGAGUCUCUUGUGAAAAUCUCUAUGUAAACUUCAAUUUAUGUUCAACUGUCCUUGCUAUUUCAAUCUAGUUGGCUUACAGCAUCUUCGGAAUCUGUGGUGGUCCUUUGCUAGGAAUAUUUCUCCUUGGAAUGUUUGUUCCACGCGCAAACUCAAAGGUAUGCUGACACACUGUCUUUUAGGACAUAAGCAUGAUUGCGUAACAAAACCAGCGAGCGUUGCAAGCUUGCCCUGCGUAAUUGAGGAAUAUUCAAUUUAGUGUUAAAAAAAUGCGGGAUUGCUUUGUUUUUGCUUUACUUCGCUUUGUGAUUGGUCUGUAAAACUCGUGCCGCUCUCUCAGCCAAUCAGAUGGAAAAGUAAAACCAAUCGCGACUUGGUAGUCUGCGUUUUUCCGCGCUGCAGGCAGUUGGUUAUUUUUACUCUAAGCUCUCAUUGGCUCUUGAAAGCACUUUCCUUUCUUUUGAUUGGUCGUUGCGAUCAUUUUGGUUUUGGUUUUACGACACUCAAUAGAAAAGCGCUCAACAACAGCACUUGUUUGAUUGCGCAAUGCUUCAGUCUCGUGCCGCUUCCACUACGCAGCGAGUUAAUUUACGCGCCGAGAGAAAUUACUCGUUUUGUGAAUCACACCUUGCGCACUUCGUGCGGCAAAGCAUCUGGCUGAAUGGGCUUUGCCAAAAUAAGGGAUCGUGUCAACAUCUGAAGUAGACGAUGUGAACCAUUUCAAUAUCAAUUGCAGGGUGCCUAUUUUGGUGUGUUCACCGGAGCUGCUCUAACCACGUGGGUUUUCCUCGGAUCCGUAUUGUUUCCCCCCAACAAAUACCCAGGUCUCCGCUCGGUUCAGGGAUGUGAGUUUUAUAUUAAUGCGUCACUUGCCAACAGCACAUAUCCUGAUGGCUCCUACAACAAUGCAUCAGCCAAGAUUUUGGACCAGUAUGGAGAUGGAUUAAUCAGAAACGAAUUCAAAGGCCACAGGUAUUCCUUAGGUGCAGAAGUUAUGAAAAAAAAUUGAGAUACCUUUCGGUGACUGCCUAUUUAGCAAUUUCCCCCAUCCUCAUCGGCGAUGUUCAAGGUCAUUGAAAGCAAUAUAUGGGGGGGGGGGGGGGGCAUGGCUUUCGAACAGGCCUUCAUUAUUAGCGCUUCAGCCGACACGCGUAUCUCUCACCACGGGAAGAUUUGAGAUGAGCUGAGGAGAGGUUUAACGGGGGUCUGGCUCUAUCAAUGAUAAUGACCAUUGCAGACCUCUUAUCGCCUAACGUUGCUAAAUGCAUCAUACUUUGCCGCGGUAAAGGGCGUGCUCGAAAGCUAAGAGAAUCUAUAAUCUUAUUCUCCAUUUCAGUAAACAAAGGAACAUUUUCGAGGAGAAGGAGUGAUUACUUGAUGGGGAAAUUGCUCUAACAGUCGCGCUAAUCGAUCUUGGAAUCUUGCCCUAAGGGCUCUUUUAAUUAAACGUUAAACAUAAUACAUGAUUAGUUUUCAAUGUAAUAUCUUCUCUGUAGAUUUAUGAGUAAUGGUUUUUUGGUGUUUGUUUUCUUUAGUGCGGCCAUCGCUGAUUUCUACAGCAUGUCCUAUCUGUGGUUUAGUGCCCUGUCUGUCCUCACUUCCUUCACCGUUGGAUGCAUAAUGAGCUUCAUUCUUGGUGAGUUUAUUUUCAGAUGGCUGGAUCCCCACAUUAUCUACUUUCUGUUACGAUACAGGCCCCCAAAGAGGCCAAUUAAGUCUUCCCUUUGCUACGGUACGAUCAACGCAAAAAAUAUUCGUUUUAAUUCGUUACCCGAUUCUCAAUUGAGAGUCGACAUACAGUAACCCUACAUUGCUUUGGUUUCUCUACUCUAAGUUGUCUCAGGCUUCUUGUGAUAUUUCCCUUUCUUCUGUUUGGCCAAUUUGAGUACCUUGGGUUUGAUUUUACGACACUCAGUCGAAGUGCGCUCAAUCUGGUAGAGCGGUACGCAAAAUAUAUCUAUUAGUCUGAUGAUGAUUCUCUAUUGUAUUAAAGAAACUAAAGAGGAUAAAGAGAAAGAGAUCGACCCUAAGCUACUGUUCCCGCUAAAGGAAUGGCUGUGGUCCUUCCUUCCUGGCCAUUCUUUCAAAUGGGACUUCGAAGAUGAGGAGGAGGAGGAUGAAGUGGUGCCUAUUCAUGAGGAUGUAAGACACUUAAACGUUUCUAGUUUACAAAAUUUAUAAAAAAAAAAAACAUUACCCAACUGCGCUAAGUAAAGUACAAACAACGCGCGAGUCGAGUGUUAAUAUCCUGUGACCAUAGCUUAAGAAUAAUCUCGAUUUUGGAAACGAGCACGUGGCAAUUAAUAGAACCAAAAGAAAGGUAAAAAAAACGAGCGAUAAAUUUUACUUUGAGUAACGACUACGAGGUAGAUAACAUAAUCACAAAACAAGUUAUUGCUUACCAACGUUCGCAGGUCUUGAUUACUUUAUCGAGGAUUACAGUCUAACUUGUCUUCUAUUCAAAAACGAUCUUGAACACGCGGGGUUUUAUUUUGAACUGAAACGCUAACUAUAAUUUUCAGUCUAGAAAGAACUAAUCACGGGGCGUCAACCCCACCAAAAAAUAUUUCGCAGCUUUUCUCGGAAGCUUAAGCUCACUUAGCUUCAACGGAAGCAGUUACACGAAGAUGACGCAGUCUUUGUUACUUUUCAGGAGAUCAAGGUCAACUGGGAUGACACUCCGCCGGUAGAUUCGAAAGGCAAACAGGAAAAACUCGAAAUGGGAAACUUGUACACCAAUAAUUUGAUGGAGAAUGGCAACAUUUAAUGACACGUAAUUUGUACAACCGCAUUUACAAUUUCAUUGCCGUUUCCAACUCCAUAUUUUUAUAAUUGCUUUUGAAGUUAAGUUAAAGCGUUUUUUGGGCUAAUUGCCGUCAUUUACCUUUGUAAAAUUGUUAGUGGUUGGAGUAAAGAAAGACGGCCUUUAUGUCGAUAGUAACCUUAGAUAGUGUUGUAAACUGGGACAAGAAAAUUUAAAAAACCAUAACAUUAAUGUGUUCGCCUCAUAAGCUAUUGUGAACAGAAUUGAAGUAUAUCACCCUUGAGGUUUGGCCAUUUAAUUUAGACGAAAAAUGGCUAUUUUCUUCAUUUCUCUGUGUUAGUAUUUAAACUUGCUAAUUCCGACGAAAAAGUUUUAAAUUCAGCGAGCAUUGCAGAUUAGUGUGAGAUGUUUUUGACUGUCAUGCGUUUGGUAAUCUGUUAAGACAGAUCACAAUUUUUUGCAUUAAAAAAUUAAAAGGUCCAAAGUUCUCAUGUCAUUUCCUAGAUAAAGAAUGAAUUGAAUUUAAAUAAACAACUUUGAUACGUUAAUUUUUGAUGUAUAAAACAAUUACAGAACGAGACGGAAAUAGGCUACAGCAACGCAAGUCAUAUAAAUAAAAUUAUAUAAAUUUUGUGAUAUUUACUCAUUUUCAAUGAUGUUUUUCCCAGUAGAGAAUUGACUUCGAUGGUCUUUUAUCUUAGGGGCAACAACAGAAUAAACAGUAC